AUGGAGUUCCGCCCAGAUCACCACGCGGAAGUACCCCACCUCGAUCUGCUAUCAUGGCUAUUCGCUGAUGUCGAAGUAGAUCGCGAAAAGCCGAUAUUCAUCGACACCGUUGAUGAGUCGCAGCGUCUCAACAUUCAUCAAGCAGUAGCGUUGAUCCGCAAACUCAUUGCAGGCCUGAGGACUAUAGGCCUCAAAGUUGGCGAUGCUGUCUGCCUGCACGCCUUCAACCACAUUCUAUAUUCAUCCCUGUAUCUGGGCAUCGUUGGUGCAGGCGGCUGCGUCGUUGGCUCAAAUCCAGCCUAUGCAUCACUCGAACUAGAGCACUUGCUACAGACGACGAAUUCAAAGUACAUUAUAAUCGAGUCCGACUUACUGGAUAAGGCGUUACCCGCCAUCUUAUCCGCCGAUAUACCCGCCUCACACAUUUUUGUGUUCUCUCCUGGGGAGUGCGAGGACCCUCCUGUCGGACUCAGGACUUGGGAGUAUCUGCUCCAACACGGCGAGCAGGACUGGAUUCAAUUCAACAAUGCCUCAAUAGCCAAAUCAACCGCCGCCGCGCUUUUACUAACAAGUGGAACGACGGGUCUCCCAAAGGCGGCAGUCAUUUCACACUAUGCUCAUGUGGCAGUAGGGGUCUCGACGGAGUUUCUGGAAAAGAAGAAGCCUUACGACGUCUCCUAUCUGCUCUCGAUACCCCAAUUCCACUCCUUCUCAGUUCCCUUUGUACACAUUGCUGCCUUUCGACCGGGACGCACAAUAUACAUCAUGCGUCGCUUCGACCCGGUGAGGUUUGCAAAGUACAUCCAUCGGUACCAGAUCACGGACACGGCAGUCGUACCUCCUAUGCUGGCAAGUCUUGUGGACUCGGAGGAUGCAUCGCGGCAAUUGGCCAGCUUGCGAGUCGUUUACUGUGCUGGAUCCCCUCUGUCGCCAGUUCUUCAUCGGAGGAUUCUCUCUGUACUUCACAGCGAUGCUGUCGUGACACAGGUGUGGGGAAUGACUGAAACUGGAUGGAUCAGUACGUUUUGCUGGCCAGAAAAGGACGUCACGGGGAGUGUUGGCAGGUUGGUUCCCAACAUGGAAGCGCGCGUAAUCGAUGGACAUGGCAAUGAGGCUUUGGCUGAAGGGGUGACUGGCGAGAUCUACGUCCGAGGACCCACCAUCAUGAACGGCUAUCUAGCAAAUCCGACCGCCACCGCGGAUGCUCUACAAGACGGGUGGCUGAAGACAGGAGAUAUUGGUUAUUUUGAGGGCGGUAAAAUCUACAUUGUAGAUCGAAGCAAGGAACUCAUCAAAGUUCGCGGAUGGCAAGUCUCUCCCUCGGAGCUAGAGGCGACACUACUUCUUCAUCCCGCAAUCCUCGACGUAGCCGUCGUUGGCGUCGCCAUGUCGGACGAAUACCCGGGAGAUCAACUUCCUCGUGCAUACGUGGUGGUGCGUCCCGGACAGUGCCUCUCGGAGCGGGACGUCGAAGAGUUUGUAGCCUGCCGAAUGGCGAGGUACAAGGCUCUUGAUGGUGGCGUGGUGUUUGUUACAUCCAUCCCUAGGAAUGGGAGUGGAAAGAUCCUGAGGAGGUUACUUUCAGAAAAGAUGGGAGCUGAGAGGAUCGUGGCUGGCACCGUCUCGAGCAUGGCUGCUGACAGAGCUGUGGAAGUCGGGACCUAG